GGAAGAAAGAAUAGAAGAAAGGAGCUGUUGGAAAACUAAACGAACCAAAACUUUACUUCUCUCCAGCAUGCCGCAGAAAGAUUACCGAAGUCAGACCAGCUGGGAGACCGGCGUGGCCUCCAUGAUGCAGAACAGUCACAGUGGAGUGAACCAACUGGGGGGAGUGUUUGUGAACGGCAGGCCUUUACCCGAUUCCACCCGGCAGAAGAUAGUGGAGCUGGCCCACAGUGGAGCUCGACCCUGUGACAUAUCCAGAAUCCUGCAGGUGUCGAACGGCUGCGUCAGUAAGAUCCUGGGCCGGUACUACGAGACCGGCUCGAUCCGCCCCCGGGCCAUCGGAGGGAGCAAACCCCGGGUGGCCACGCCCGAGGUGGUGGGGAAGAUCGCCCAGUACAAACGAGAGUGUCCGUCCAUCUUCGCCUGGGAGAUCCGAGACCGACUGCUGGCAGAGGGCGUCUGCACCAACGACAACAUUCCAAGUGUUUCAUCAAUAAACCGGGUCCUGAGGAAUCUGGCCAGCGACAAGCAGCAGAUGGGCACGGUGGGAGCCGAAGGCAUGUUCGACAAGCUGAAGAUGCUGAAUGUUCAGAGCAGCUGGGGGGGGCGUCCAGGCUGGUACACUGGAACCACACUUCCAGGUUCUCCUGGACUUGAUAAGUGUCCGCAGGCCGACGCAGGAGAGAACUCCAUCUCCGUCAGUUCAAACGGCGACGAGUCCGAGGAGACGCAGAUGAGGCUUCAGCUGAAGAGGAAACUGCAGAGAAACAGAACCUCGUUCACACAGGACCAGAUAGAAGCUCUGGAGAAAGAAUUUGAAAGGACUCACUACCCGGACGUAUUCGCUCGUGAGCGGCUCGCCAACAAGAUCGACCUUCCAGAGGCACGAAUACAGGUCUGGUUCUCCAACAGACGAGCGAAAUGGAGGCGAGAGGAGAAGCUGAGGAAUCAGCGUCGCCAGGUGUCCAGCUCGUCCAGCCAUAUUCCCAUCAGCAGCAGCUUUAACAGCAGUGUUUACCAGCCUCUUCCACAGCCUGCCACGCCAGUGUCCUUUCCGUCAGGAUCUAUACUGGGAAGGUCAGAUCCAGUUCUCUCCAACAGCUACAGCCUGCCAGCGAUGCCCAGCUUCAGCAUGGCCGCCAGCCUGCCUAUGCAAGCGUCCAGCCAGACCUCGUACUCCUGCAUGCUGUCCACCAGCCCGACGGUCAACGGAAGAAGCUUCGAGACGUACACCCCUCCGCACAUGCAGCCGCACAUCAGCAGCCAGUCCAUGACGCCUUCUGCAACGUCGUCAACAGGUCUGAUAUCUGCUGGUGUUUCAGUUCCAGUCCAAGUUCCAGGGAGUGAAGCAGACAUGUCACAGUACUGGCCACGCCUGCAGUAG